AUGACAGGACCCCCAGAGCUGGACACGAACAAUGUGAUAUAUGGGAAUAUCAAUUCGAAAUGUCCAAUUUUGCGUAUUUUGUUCCCCGCUUUCAAACACGAACAGGAAUAUGUCACUAAAGAUAGUCUGCGUGAUGCUUGUCUUGAAGGCAACCUGAGUCACUUGCCUUCGUGGGUUCGACCUCAGGCUUGGAAAGUACUUUUGUCAUACCUGCCUCCCGAAAAGGAACUUUGGUUAACUACAUUGACGAUGCGACGUAACGAUUAUUUACAAUUCCUUGAGGAUUUCACGCUUAAGCCAGAUGAGGUCAAAGACCGUGUGAUCGUUCAGAUAUAUUUGGACCUCAUGCGUUCAACAGAAAAGCACCCAGGAUUUCUCUUGAGACAGACAGAAUCUUGGUCAAACUAUGGUCUUGGAAAUGUUGAAGAACAUCAAAGGCACUCACUCCUCAGACGUCUCGAAGAGAUCAACCAACGAUACAGGUGUGCAACAGAUCGUUUCACGUUGUAUGAAAACAAAGCCGUUUCUCCUGUUUCAGUCACGUAUCGUGACUAUCAAUGGCACUCUAUGUUGCGGAUUCUAUCUGUCUAUGCCAUGCUAAAUCCAAGUAUUGGAUAUAUUCAAGGCAUGCACGAAAUUCUUUUGGUUCUAUUGCGUGUUUUUUUUGCAGGACGAGAUCAUCCUGCCAUUAAUAUACAGCCAUGGGAAUCUAAGGUUCUUGGCCUUGGAAGUACAAGGGACACAGAAGCUGAUGCAUUUUGGUGCUUUUCAUUAUUGAUGGGCAUGUUUCGUGAAAUAUUUGAUUUUGCUCGACAGGAUACUUCUUCACUACAUGAAAUGCGACAACUGAUUUUCUUGUCGAAUGAGAGUCGCAGAGUACCUGAUAACGGAAUGGUACAAGCAUUGCAUCAACUAAGUAUGUUGCUUCAAUGUAAAAACUAUGAGCUUUGGUCGUUUUUAGAAGCACAUUCGCUCGACCCCAAACUACCGUAUUAUUCUUUUCGUUGGAUGGCAUGUCUCUUGGCAGCUGACUUACCUGCUAAUGUUGUAUCAGAAUUAUGGGAUGUUCUUUUCUCAGAAACUGGAGAGACCUCUGCACAAAUACCAAACGCGCACAUUGAAAUGCUUGUUUGCAUGUGUUGUGCUAUGCUACUCAUGGUCUGUGACGAAUUAUAUUCUUUGGAUUCAAACAUUUCCAUUCAGGGAGAACGCAUGGUUGGUACUCCAGCUAAUGAUGUAUUUCAUCUUGGGAUGCGCAUGUUGCAGUCCUAUUCCAUUAAUACGUCACGACCAAUUGUGUCAUUAGCCCUUCAAAUGCGACAGCUGCGGAUUAAUGAAAAAAUGUUCAACAAUUCCAGUACACAGCCGGUUUUACGUGUAUCAAGUGACAUGCGUCCCAAACUGCAGGAUCGUCUGGCAGCCACAGUUCAACGUGGUCUGAAUACUCCAAGUCGGUCUGUUUCGUGGGAUGUAGGUAACGUUCCCAAAACACGGCCUUUUAUACCAUCACAGAUGUCUGAACCUCAAUCUUUAUCCAGAACAGAAACAUCCAUCACGCACUCUGAAGAUCCGACAGGUUCAUCUAAUCGACAUGCGCUUCUGCGUCGCUAUACCAGUGCUAUUCAAGAUUCGAAUGCAGUAGCAAGCAUUUCAAAAGCAAGCACGAAUUUGGCUGCCAAGGCCCUAGCAUGGAGCACAAAGUCAAACGAAAGCCAAAAGACACCGCCGAGGAAUAUAACUGUUCAGACGCAACAUCUUUCCUUUCAAGAUGCACCACCUGAACUUCCAAUACCGUCGAUGGUGGAUAGUCCGACGGAUCGCGAUUCUUAUUGUGGAUCGGGCGCACAAGACAUAUCCCUAACAAGUACACUGCCGUUGAAGUCACAAACACACACACUUUUAUAUACCCCUCCAAGUGCUGAUGAAGACAUGUCUACUAGUUUUUCUCUCCCAAGUUUGCAAGCAGCUGCCCUUCACAAGGAUACCUCAAUACUUUCACUGUCUCCUUCGAAUGAGAAGCAUGAUGCAAAGCUUUUGGUACGUCGAGAUGGUGGCCUUGUCCGUUCAUUACCCGGGUCUGUACAUUCUAGGCAGACCAACUCAUCCUCAACACGAUCCAAAUCGAGUCUGCAUUCAGACCCACAGACAGUCGCAGCACCCAGAUCAGGCACUAAAAGACGAUCCAAGCCCUUGCCCAAACCUUCACCAACACCUGUUGAAAUGACUUCGGCGAUGUCUGAGCCUACAUCGCCAAAUGCACUAGCCUCAGGCAAUCUUGAUAUGCUGCUAGAAAAUAUGCGAACAAAUGAAUGGAUCAAAGAUAGAUAG